UUUAACCAUAUCUUGAAAGAUAUCUAUACAAAGAAAAAUACGAGGAUGUUCUAUAUAAGAUCCGACAAAGAUCAUUUUGAAGUUAAACAAAAGGAUUUGUACAAUAGAAUAAUCGGCUUUACACGUUUAUUAAUGUAAUUAAUCACUCGGAAAGGCUUUACAAUGGCGUCCAAACCAAUACAAACCUCGGCAAAGAUAUCGUCAUUCAUCGAAUUCCUUACACUAUUCACAAGUGAAAAGUUGAAUGAUUUAAUGUCGGACGGCUUAACAACCGGACUAAAUACUUUGUAUUUUAAAUACGAAGAGGUCAAAGAAAAUAUAUUGAAAAUGGCUGGCUGUGUGAAGACUGAAAGUAAACUUCAGCUAAAACAGUUCCUGUUUCAAGCUUUUCCUUUUUUCCAGAGACUCGUUGUGGAAGAAAUUGGAAAGAAUAUUAUUGAUAGUGUCCUUGUGGCGAAAACUAUUUUUCUGUCAUAUGUCGGUUGUCUGAAUUUCUUGAUCAAAACUGCCUCGCACAUGCAGGGGCUGUUUGGACUUAAUACAACGGAAAGCUUCGUCACCAAAGAAAUAGAUUACAUAACGUUACCAUAUACUGCAGUUCCUCGAAAUGACAUAGAUACUAUUUUUCAAAUAGAUGUUGGUAGCACUGCAUUCGAUACUAUCCCACAAAGCUUGAUCGCAAACCAUUCGUCAAUAGAAUCAUCGAACGAUCAACUCCGAUACUCAAAGUGGUCAAACAGCACUUCAACAGUCUUCUCUAUUGAUAAGUCAAAUGUGAUCGUCCAUUUUCAAGCGUCUGAAAACGAUAUCGAACAUGACGCUAUUAACAGUGUAAAUACAAAUGAUGCCGACAAUGAGAUAAGAUUCAAAUGCAUUGUUCAAGGUAUAACAGAUAGGAUACAGGAGCUUGUUCGCUCAUUUACUGGUGUUUCAUUUACAUAUGACGAAAUUCGGGAUGCUCUUAUGGAGGCAAAUAGAUCGAACGGUCAUGUUGUCCGAUCUGGAAACAGCUACUCCAGUGACUCGGUGUAUCGGGUACGUGUAACGCGUUUGCGAAUGAGGGUCGUAAUAACUGUGGAGAUGUUUGGAAGAGCUCUGCGAUACUGCGAGGGGUACGACUAUGUGUUGACUCAUACAAACAUUUUCCCUCACAACAUUAGAAUGUUUCUACACCUUCCUGUUCUCCGAGGAUGCAGUGUUCACCUCAUUGAUUGUAAAGAAGGGAGGAAUUUCUGAGCCAACUGGAAUUUGUUUCUAAUAAUUGCAAUCAAAACUUCGAGUACUUUAUAACAUAUAUUUUAUCUUGUCCGUCAUAUAGAAGUAUAUGUUUGUAAUGUCAUUAGUACAAUGAAAACUAUAGGGACAUGCCCAGUCGAACAUUCAAAAAUAAACCCUGAUUCAAGUUUCAAGGCAAGGUCCCAAACAAUAACGAACAAACGACAAAUACGCUCAUUAAAAAAAUGACCGAUAUACGAUUAUACAUUGAAUUGGUCAUUUUUCAGUCCAAGUACUGAUUCAACGGUGUCAGGUAUUUAUAUACAGCGUGUAUUAAGCAACAGAAACUUUAGACACUAUUAGUUCCCGUGUCCGCGAAGUAUCACGUAUCUUACCCAUUUAGAACUUGCAUGUACUUAGGACGAUGCCUUUUACAUAUAUUUCUUUGAUCAGCUUUCUACAAGAGAAAAUAUACCCGGUUCCUUAUGUUUCUUCCGUUGUGAGUUACAAGCCAGUGGACAUGUGAAUGUGCAUUAGCGUAAUUAUAUAUGUAUGGCUAUUCUACUGUAGCAGAUGGAACAUGAAUUUUCCAGGACACGGAAAUGAUGGUACAGAUGAAAUGAUUAUCCCUGUGUAUGUUCCGUGAUUGUUUGAGUGCACUUGGCAGCACCAGCAAUACAUUGGAGUUAGUAUGAAACUGCGAAAGAAACAAACGUUUGCGUAAUUUUAUUUUUGUACAAGGUAAAUGCUGAAGUCGCAUGCACAACAUCUCCAUGAACACUCUUGUCUCUAUGUAUACAUGCAAGUGCUAUAUAGUGUAUAACUGUGGACCAGAAUGUAUGACACUACUAUCAUAUACAAAUAUACAACUUGUCAAAUAGAUGUAAUGUAUAUAUCACUAUUGUAUUUUUUUCUUAUUUCAAUGCAAUUUUCUUGCAACGCCACCAUCUCACACCAAAACUUGAUUUUGCUUCUUCAAAUCAAACCUUUUUAUCAAAGACGGGAGUGAUGUUUUAAAAUAUAUACAUUAAGAAUAAAUUUCGGGUAAGUAUAGUUUAAAAAAGAUAUAUUUCAACACAUUACUAUUUGUUUUAAGUCAAGUUUUAAUAACUCGCCACAAAAUGGCAGCCGAUGUUACCUCAAGUGGCGCUGAUCUUCAAGUUAUUUAACAUGAUUUAUAUAGCAGGCCUUAAUAUUUGUAUGAUUGUCUUUUAUCCUUGUAUCUGAGAUAAACGCGCUUGAAUGGUCUAAUAUAUGUCUUAAAUGUAAUCAAUUAUGAUGUUUUCGAAGUUGAUUGGUGAUCAAGUCCACGGUUAUACAUGUGAUUCACGCGUGACGUUAAUUGAUAAUAAAAAAGAGUUUAUAUUGACAUUUCAUAAAAUUGCCUUAGGAGCCCUUAAAUCAAGUUCAAUGAUUCUGUUACUAAAAAUAGUAAAACGGUUGAAACUGAAUAGGUUUAGUUUGAGUAAAUAUGUUGUGACCAAACUUGAUAUAUUUGAAGAAUAAAUGGAGAGCUUUCA